AAAAAUUAGAAAUUUGAGAGCAACAAAAAAAAACUCCAGACCAGAAGGAAAGGAUAAGGAUCAUGAAUUUCUGUUUCCACACAUCCCAAUUCCAGUAACCCCAAUCACGUCACUCUCUCUAUCUCUCCUCAGGUCUCUUUGUCUUAUUGAUAUCAUAUCAAUAAAUAGUUGUUUGUUACCUCAAACUCAAUUCCCAUACUUUUGCAUCAUCUCUAUAAGUUCUGAUCAGUAGAUUAUAUAACACACGAAGAUGCAACCUAGUUCAGACGCUAAUCAAAGAAUUGCAAGGAUUGCAGCUCAUCUUCACCCUUCUAAUCUGCAGAUGGAGGGAAGUUCCGGUUUGAGACGGGCAGAUUGCCGAGCAAAAGGUGGUGCACCAGGGUUUAAAGUUGCUAUCUUGGGUGCUGCUGGAGGGAUUGGUCAACCUCUUGCAUUGUUGAUGAAGAUGAACCCAUUGGUAUCAGUUCUCCAUCUCUACGAUGUUGUUAAUGCUCCUGGUGUCACUGCCGAUGUUAGUCACAUGGACACUGGUGCCGUGGUACGAGGUUUUCUUGGGCAGCCACAACUUGAGAAUGCACUAACAGGGAUGGAUCUUGUAAUCAUUCCUGCCGGUGUUCCUAGGAAACCAGGAAUGACAAGAGAUGAUUUGUUCAAGAUCAAUGCUGGAAUUGUUAGAACUCUAGCUGAAGGCAUUGCCAAGUGCUGUCCUAAUGCUAUUGUGAACUUGAUCAGCAAUCCAGUAAAUUCUACUGUUCCUAUAGCAGCUGAGGUUUUCAAGAAGGCAGGCACCUUUGAUCCUAAGAAGCUUCUGGGAGUCACAACUCUUGAUGUUGUUAGGGCUAACACUUUUGUGGCAGAAGUUUUAGGGGUUGAUCCUAGAGAAGUUAGUGUUCCCGUUGUUGGGGGUCAUGCAGGAGUUACAAUCUUACCUCUUCUAUCACAGGUUAACCCCCCUUGUUCUUUCACUCCAGAAGAGAUUAACGCCCUUACUGAUCGCAUUCAAAAUGGGGGAACAGAAGUUGUUGAGGCCAAAGCAGGUGCUGGAUCCGCAACACUUUCAAUGGCAUAUGCUGCUGCCAAGUUCGCUGCUGCUUGCUUGAGGGGCAUGAGAGGAGACGCUGGCAUCGUAGAAUGCUCUUUUGUUACUUCUCAGGUGACGGAGCUACCUUUCUUUGCAACAAAAGUGAGGCUCGGUCGAACUGGAGUCGAGGAGAUCUUCCCCCUAGGCCCCCUGAAUGAGUAUGAAAGGAAUGGGUUGGAGAAGGCAAAGAAAGAAUUGGCUGGAAGCAUUCAGAAGGGAGUUUCUUUCAUUAGGAAUUAAUUAGAUGGUAUUUCAAAUAAUCUGUAUUCUGUGAGUUCUUCGUUACUUUCUCCCUCUCUCUCUCUCUCUACCUUUUCUGUUAGCUUUCUCCUUGAGAACAUUGUUUGAUCAUAAGUAGUAGUCUCACUCUGAUUUUGUACCCCAAAAAUCUUAGUCAUAAGUGAAAAAUGUAAUCUUGGUGUGGUAGCUGCUAAUCCCCCAGGAUGUAGAAUAAUUGGGCGCUUAAAUGAGGAUAUCCUCACUAUCUUUCUCUCAGAUCACUCCUUGGGGUUGAUGAAUAAACUUAUACAAAUGGUGCAUCGAUGAGCAAUUAUAAUGUUAUGUAACAUUCUCCUC